UCCCUUAAUUUUAUUAAAAUGCUUCAGCAAAUAAGUGCUUGUUAUUUGAAUAAUUACUUAUAUCGAACAAUACCUACAGAAUCCAGAGCUUUUGUCUGUCCGAGACUCCGAGUCUUCCAUUCUCAUGGCGUCUGCAGGAGGUAACACAGUUGUAGAAUGGCACCAGAGACCUCCAAACCCUAAAAACCCAAUCGUAUUCUUCGACGUCACGGUCGGAACCAUCCCCGCGGGAAGAAUCAAGAUGGAGCUCUUCGCUGAUAUUGCUCCGAAAACCGCCGAAAACUUCAGGCAGUUCUGCACUGGUGAAUAUAGAAAAGCAGGAAUUCCAGUAGGAUACAAGGGAUGCCAAUUUCACAGGGUGAUCAAGGAUUUUAUGAUACAAGCCGGAGACUUUGUUAAGGGAGAUGGUAGUGGGUGUGUAUCAAUUUAUGGAAGUAAGUUUGAAGAUGAAAACUUCAUUGCAAAACACACUGGUCCUGGCCUGUUGUCAAUGGCAAAUAGCGGACCAAAUACUAAUGGUUGUCAGUUCUUUAUAACAUGCUCGAAAUGUGAUUGGCUUGAUAAUAAGCAUGUUGUCUUUGGGAGAGUGCUUGGGGAAGGUCUCCUGGUUGUGAGGAAGAUAGAGAACGUGGCAACUGGACCUAACAACCGGCCUAAGCUUGCCUGUGUUAUAGCUGAAUGUGGGGAAAUGUAAAAGGCUUGACACCAAAACAACUGUAUAAGUGUACUGUUAUUAUAUCUAUUUUCCUGUCCA